CCGUGUCCGGGAUACAAACACGGAAAUAAAGAGUGUAGACGUCAACAGACAGCAGCGUGUUGUUUACACUUCUAGCUUUUUAUUAACACGAAUCGAGCACGAUUUUUUCCCCCGUUCUCGUUCUAUGGAUUUUCUGCAGUUGUUAUCAUGGGCGUGCAUCGUGUUUACCAUCGGCAUGUUCUCCACAGGACUGAGCGAUUUGAAGAAAAUGAGAGCCACGCAGAGUGCCGAUAGCGUCCAGUUCCUGCCUUUCCUUACCACAUGCUUAAAUAAUCUAGGCUGGCUGUACUAUGGGGUGCUGAAAAGGGAUGGCACGGUGAUGCUUGUUAAUUCCAUUGGAGUCUCUCUACAGUGUCUGUAUAUUCUCACCUACUUCCAUUAUGCCAAAGAGAAGAGGAACGUGUUUGUGCAGACACUAGGCAUGGUGUGUGUGUUGUGUGUAUCAUGGGUGUAUUUCAGCAUGAUCGUACCUCCAGGAAGCACUCAGCUUUCUCACCUCGGCCUUGCCUGCAGCAUCUUCACCAUCACCAUGUACCUGUCUCCCCUCGCUGACCUGGUGGAGAUCAUACGCACUCGUUCAGUAGCACGCUUGUCCUUCUCCCUCACAGUCGCCACCUUCUUUACAUCCACCUCCUGGACUCUGUAUGGCCUUCAGCUAGGGGAUUACUACAUUAUGGUCCCCAACACACCAGGUAUUGCAACAAGCCUCAUCCGUUUCCUCCUCUUCAGGCUAUUCGACUCUUCUAGUCAAGACAAGCCAUCUUAUAAAUCCCUCCAGAUCUGAGCAGAUCUAAUUAAUUCACCAAGUGCCUUAGCCAUGUUCCCUCAGCCAAUCUAAACCAAAUCCCCUGUCACCUCUUCCACCACACCCUGUCCUCAUACCCUCUGAGGUAUGAGGUUUUCUUCUGUCUCUUCUCCCUUAGUGCUGUUCGACUGCCACCUAAAACCAAACUGACCACUGCCUCAAACAAUCUGGAGAAAGGAUUCAAGAUCCUCAGAAUCAGCUCAGCAGUUGUGAUCAUGUUCUGUGGUAACAGUUUAAGGUUCAGCUCUGAGCUUCAUCACACAACCAUCAAAUGCUUCGGGGUGUUUGUACCAACCGUGAACCCAAUUUAAAAAACAAGGAUAUGUGGGAAGUAAAUGUCCCCAAGCCUCGGCUAAAUGAUCCGGAAAUUUACAAAUGGCACCUUGAGAGCAGAUAAAAUGAAACAUCUUAUCUGCAAAAUUAGAUUCGGACAUCCUGAAGCAUAAUGUUCAUCUAUUGUUUUAUACAAACAUGCCUUUUAAUUGGUCAUUUAUUUCAUCAGUUUCGUUUAAAUAGGAUGAUGUUUAGUGGACAAAUAUAUAUACGUACUGAACAUAUAGAAUGUAAAAGCUCACCCAGGAUCAGACAGACAUGAUUAGAACUCAUGCUUGGCAGCUUUCUUCUUCUUCUUCUUCUUCAGCUCCACUCGGACACACCUCUGGUCCUUAAAUAACGUUAUCGGGUGUGUUUGGUUUGGGCUGGAGCAAACACGUACACACCCUGAUCUCUGGGUGUGACUUAGUUUAUAUCUGCCAGAUGUGCCAAGAGCUGUGUGCACUUACUCUAACCCAGAGAAGCUCUGGACUCCUUGGCUUGCUUUGUAAGAUUUUUUUUUUUUUUUUUUUUACAUUGGUGUGGAUUAUAGUGUACUAUAAAUCAGCCAGGCAGGGGACAACAUGGUAUAUGUUUUUUUUAAAGCUAAAGCCAUGUGCAACCGUUCAUCAUUAGUGCAACCUGUAAAGCAAAAAGCUCCUAAUAGAAAUCAAAACAUGCUGUGUUACACAAAUCUGUGCAGAACCUUUUCCCGCAGGUUAUGUGUUACUUCUGUAUUAUUAUUUUUUCCAUUCCACCUCUAGAAGUUUCCUUAAAGGGCACCAUUCCAUUGUAUCCCAUACUGGAUUUGUAUAAAGUUGCAGUCCCUGAUUGAUUCUAUUAAAGUAUCUUCAAUUCUGCUCACCUCUUAACAACCUGAUGCUUUAUGACAGAAUUUUAUUAAUCCACUAGUCUGGGACUGGUAACGAUAGGAAAUGGGAUGCUCCUUCACUUCCACUUGUCAGAAAGUGCUUUUCACACUGCGCUUAACCCUGGGUUAUGGUCUGCUUUUAACCCUGCAUAGAGGUACAUUUCACACUUGUAAUUUAGAAGAGGGGUUAGCACUGCUUUUUACCCGGGGUGAUGAAAUACUGGUCUGAAGCAGAGUUAGCAUGCCAAACAUGUUAGAAUGUUACGGCUAGAUGCUUAGCCACAGACAUACGAUCAGCCUCUGUGCCUCAUAUCUCCUGAUUUGUUCAGUCACAGAAAAGCAUCCUGUAAACAGCAGCACCACAAAUGGUGAAAGAAAACAUGUCUAAUGUAGUGAAGAGAAAACAGUUAGAAAUAAGUGAGUAUUUAAGAAGAAUAUUUGAAAUAUUAGCAGAAGCUGGAGAUCAGCAAAAACCUGGACAUGACAAACUUAAAAAGAAAAAACUGUGAAAGGUAACAAUACCUGCUCAGGCGCAGAACAGCAGAUUACCAGCAGAUACCCAUUUUUUUUGAAGGUCGGCCAAGUGUCGAGCCUUUUUUUCCCCUCAAGCCGUUAUUUAAAGAGAUCACAUGCUGUAUUUAUCCAGUCAUCACUGCCGAUUUCACAAAUAUGCAAAUAAUAAAAAGUUAACCCAGGAUUGAGGAAUGUACAGUGUGGAAAGAUCAGAUUAGGAUGAAUUGUUAACCCCCGGUAAAGUAUGAGCAUUGUGAAACAAGAUAACCCAGGAUUCUGUUUCCACAGGGUUUACAACAACUCGGGGUUAACUAUUUCAAGUGUGAAAAGCCCUAAAAAUUGCUAAAGAGUGAGCAGCGUGUCAGUAUCGGUGGUACAUGUAUACAAGUCCAGACUCCUUUCACCUUUCAUUAGGUUUCAUUUCAAAUCUGAGUAAGGUGUGGAGCGAAGAGAGAAAAACACCAUCCGUGAGAAGGUGAAAGAGCGCAGAUGGAGUUCUUGGCAUAUCUGCUCAAGUCCAUGAGGUUCGAGUUAGAGACCAACAGAGGUACAUAUUUACUGGUACAUGUUCAUAUACACUAAGACAGUAAAAGGAAGAGCCGUUGGUCUUAUUUUUCAAGUGCUUUAGUGAAGCUUCAGCUAUGUAGUAGUGGUUUACAUUAAAAAAAAAAAAGUUAUACUGUUUUAUCUGUGUUUUACUCUGGGGUGUGUCCAAUCAGGGACUUUGUGAUCUAUAAAAAGAAAUAUUUUACCUCAGUGAUCAUUGUGCUGUUAUCCAUAUCACAUCUGUUUAAUGUGUGUAAAGUGUAACAGCUUCCCCUAUGAUGCGUCCAGAGAUUUUACAUUAUGCAACUUUUCUUAUACACUACAUUUUUGACUGAAUGGAUGUUUGUUUUCUGCCCUUUUUUCUUUUUUUUUUACUGAAUUUCUCAGAAAUAAAACAUUAUAUAAUAAUCUUUAUGUAA